AUGAUGCCUCACUUUGGCGAACAUCUCCGAUCGCCUCUUUGGGCUGUGGGUAUCAAGAGGGGAAGCCGGCAAGACGCAGGCGAAACAGUGGUUCAAGUCUAUGUCACUUAUGACAUGCAGAUUCUUUUCAUUUUCUUCCUUGCUCUCAGCGAGACCUGCUAUGGCCUUCGGUCCACUGUGCAGAUUGAUCCACCUUCUGCUGUGAGCUGUCACGAGGGGGAUACGAAGGAAGGUGGAUGCCGCUCACUGUGUCGAUGGCUGGACAUCACGUUGUCCUCGGUGAAUGGACAGUGCGACGUUUAUGUCAAGAUGCUGGAGGCAAAGGGAUACAAGAACAGGUUGGUGGGACGUCCAUCCAGCAUGGCGCCAAUCGUGAAGGUCUUGAUGACAAACAUCAAAGAGGAAGCUCAGCUUACUCGCUCGCAGGUCUUGCUCCGGCAGAUCGACCUCGUGCCGGAGCAGAAGAGAACGGGGAAGUACCUGAACGAGAUCGAGGAGCUUCGAAACAGGGUGAUGAAACUGCUGAAGCAGAAGGAGCCGGACUUUGAUCCACCCAGCGCCAGUUGCCAGGAGGGCGAUACACAGGUGGAGGGAUGUCAAUCUGUUUGUCGUUGGCUGGAUUUGACAAAGUCAUCGACUAAUGGCCAGUGUGAUGACUAUGUCAAGAGUCUCGAGGCGAAGGGCUACAAGAAAUACCGGAAAUGGAAGAUCUUUGGGCAUCCCUCGCCAAUGGAUCCCGUCUUGGGGCUCUUAACCAGCAAUUGCCGGAAAGAGGAGCUGAGUUUCUAUUUGGCGGGACUGGCGGAACUCAUCAAGAAGAUGAAGAAAGAAGGGAAGAUUGACAGGUACCAGGAAGAACUUGAGGAGCUGCAAAAACAUGUGACUGACACGCUGGAAGUGCAAGCCAUCACUAUUGAUGAAGAUUAUGAAGAUGAUACAGAGCCCCUUCCACGGUGUGAUUUGAACAUGCCCGUGGAGGCAGGGGACAUUGUGACCUUUGAAGUUGGUGGCCCAGACUUUGAGAAAGACGUUUCGCAGACACUGACCCAGAUGAAUGCUGAAGCUGAAGCCUUGCGCUUGAACAAAUUGACCUUCAGCUAUGGGCCUCACUUCGAUUAUUCGAACACCUUCAAUACCUCGAGCCCGGAGAAAGAAACGGUCAAUGAGACCAAAGGAGCAAAAGCCAAACGAUAUACGGUGCUUGGCCUCAAGCAUGGUGCCAAUGCAUUCGUGAAGGUCUGCAAGGCCUUUGCCGACGUUGGCUGGAAUCUCCUGAAGGGCAUUGGAGAUCUGGGAAUUUUCCUGGGCAAAGUCGUCGGCAAGAGCGCUGUUUGGACGGGCGCGAAAGUCACAGCCCUCUAUGCCCACGUAAGGCAGACAACGCCCCACACAGACAAGAUCCAUUGGACACAUACCGAGCUGGCCAUUGGCAAGAACCAGUUGCAGGCAGCGGUCUAUCCAGAUGGGGUUCAGGAGCAAGACCUUUGCUGGAUGGGAGAACCAAAGCCACGAUCCGGCUACGGAGUGCGGGGCGACCAGAUCAUCAUCUCGCGCUUUGUGGGCGAUGGCACCCUGGAUGCCCAGAAGUAUCGCACCUUAGCCGCCGAGCGUGCGAAGAUGUGGGCCAAGCAUCUCAAGCACUACUCCGACACCGUGGGUCAAUGGCAUCGUGCCGUCUUCGGCAAUCUUGGACAUGACUUCAGCAAGGAUUUUGGUAAGUGUACCCUCCACUGGUGA